UCCUGCACCACUCUUCUUCAUCCUUUAAUAACACACCCUAAACCCUAAUCCAUUUUACAAAAAUGGAGACCAUGACAGUAACCAUGGAGCUAGACAACCCUCCAGACCCAUUCUCCUUCACUUUCCAACACCUCUCUUAUCCACCACUACCACCCUUCCACCCCCAACCACCACAGUUCAAAACCUCGUGUACACCGGACUCAGUGGACACGAUGAGGGAGAUGAUAUUCCGGGUUGCAGCGUUGCAGCCGGUGCAGAUCGAUCUGGAAUCAGUGAAGAAGCCACCAAAGAGAAGGAAUGUGAAGAUAUCAAAGGAUCCCCAGAGUGUGGCUGCAAGGCACCGAAGAGAGCGGAUAAGCGAGCGGAUUCGGAUACUUCAGAGACUGGUGCCUGGUGGUAUGAAGAUGGAUACGGCUUCAAUGUUGGAGGAGGCAGUUCAUUACAUGAAGUUUUUGAAAAAACAAGUGCGGACUUUGGAACAGGCUGCUGGUGGAGUGCCGGUGGUAUGGAGACAAUAAUAAAGGUCAACUUGUUAUGUUGGUUCUUAGAGGUCAAUUAGUUAUGUUGCAAAUAUAGUUAUAGUAAUUAGUAGUGGGAAACCCAUGCGUUGCAGCGGAAUCUACAAAAUAUGACGGUAACAUAAUUCAAACCUUCAAGGAAUAAAUAAGUCACAUAAAUUGUAUACAAGUAUAUAAAAACAACUUCUAGUGGUCUAUCACCAUCAUUGUCGUUGGUUCAAAACACGAUUUAAUCCAAAUUAU